AUUAGGCAACUUCACUGUCGGUGGAAAUUUUGUGAGUGCGGUUUGCAAGAGGAGCAGAAAAAUAGGAAUUUUCGUGGAAAUAUCGUGGUGAAAAUCCAGUGAAUUUGUAUAGAUUGUGUGGAAAAUUGUACAGAGAAGACUUGUGAAUAGCUGUGAUGGCCCAAGACGCGGUGGAUGUGCCCCAAAGUGUGCCGGAUAACCAAAAAACAAAAAUCGAUGAACCCACCGUCAUAGCAAAAGCCGUACCGGAACAAAAUGGCAAGAAAAAAGGGGGCAAUGGCAAGAAAAAGCAGCAAGACGGCAAGUCAUCGAAAGAUGGCACACCAGAGGCUGUCAAUGGUCACGAUGGUGCUCCGACCACAAAUGGUCACGAUGACGGAAAGGGUGGUGAGGGUGAAUCGUCUGAGGAUGUACUGGAGUUGAUUCAAGAUUCAGGGUUUACGGUGCAAAUAAUAAGUCCAGGUGCUGAGCCACUGUCCAUUCAGGUGUCUAGCAUGGAAUUGGUGCAAGAGAUCCAUCAGUUGUUGAUGGAUAGAGAGGAUACGUGUCACAGGACGUGUUUCUCGUUGCAAUUGGAUGGGGUGACAUUGGAUAAUUUUGCAGAGUUGAAGAAUGUCAAGGGACUGAAAGAGGGGAGUGUACUGAAGGUGGUUGAGGAGCCAUAUACAAUGCGCGAGGCUAGGAUUCAUGUGCGUCACAUUAGGGAUCUGCUGAAGUCAAUUGAUCCAGCAGAUGCAUACAAUGGUUUGGAUUGUUGUUCCCUUACAUUUCUUCUGCAAAUAACCCAAGGGGAUUUGUUGGAGAAGAAGAAAACACGUCCGGAGAGUGUUGAUUGCACACCACCGGAUUAUAUUAUGCCUAAGACCAAGGAGAGGCCACUGAUGCCCCUCCAGCCAGGUGUUAAGGGAGCCAAGACGACACAGGCACUGAAGAUUCUGACAACAAGUGCUUGGAAUCCACCACCUGGCCCCAGGAAGCUUCACGGUGAUCUCAUGUAUCUGUAUGUGGUGACGAUGGAGGAGAAGAGAUACCACAUUUCUGCCUGUCCGCGUGGCUUCUAUGUCAAUCAGUCCACAGAUGAUGUGUUCAAUCCUAAGCCAGACAAUCCCAGCUACCUCUCCCACUCCCUGGCUGAUUUGUUGGCCCAACUGUCGCCCACAUUCAAGCGUGCCUUUCCGCAAAUGCAAAAGAAACGCACACAGAAACAUCCCUUCGAACGCAUUGCAACACCGUAUCAGACGUAUGCUUGGUGUGCUCCACAGCAGGAGCAUACAAUUGAUGCAAUUCGGGCUGAGGAUACAUUCUCUAGCAAAUUGGGCUACGAAGAGCAUAUUCCGGGGCAGACGCGUGAUUGGAAUGAGGAGAUACAAACUACACGUGAAUUGCCCCGAAAGAAUCUUCCGGAGCGUCUUUUGCGCGAACGAGCCAUCUUUAAGGUUCACAGUGACUUUGUCACAGCUGCCACUAGAGGCGCUAUGGCUGUAAUCGAUGGGAAUGUAAUGGCCAUCAAUCCGGGAGAGGAAACGAAGAAUCAAAUGUAUAUUUGGAACAAUAUCUUCUACUCUCUGGGAUUUGAUAUUCGUGAUCACUACAAGGAUCUGGGAGGCGAUGCUGCAGCUUUCGUUGCACCAAGGAAUGACCUGCAUGGUGUUAGAGUUUAUAGUGCAGUUGACAUCGAGGGACUGUACACUCUUGGAACCGUUGUCAUUGACUACAGGGGUUAUCGGGUGACAGCCCAGUCAAUCAUCCCGGGAAUUUUGGAGAAGGAGCAAGAACAGAGCGUUGUGUAUGGAUCAAUUGAUUUCGGUAAAACGGUCAUAACUCAUCCGAGGUAUUUGGAGCUGUUGAACAAAGCCAGUCAUCAUCUUAAGAUCUUGCCACAUGAGGUGCUCAAUGAGAAGGGUGAACCUGUGGAAUUGUGCUCAUCGGUGGAGUGUAAAGGCAUCAUUGGUAAUGAUGGCCGUCACUACAUCCUUGAUUUACUAAAGACUUUCCCACCUGAUGUGAACUUUUUGAAGUUGGAUGAGGAAUUGAGUCCGGAAAUUCGGGCUUUGGGGUAUCCGAUUGAGCAGAAGCACAAGCUGAGUUGCUUGAGGCAAGAACUGCUUGAUGCUUUUGCGGAUGACCGCUAUGUGACCUUCAUAAAGCACGCAGCUUUUCAUCUGCAGCAGCUGAAUGCAGCCAAGAAGGCUGCAGCUGCUGCAGAGGUGAAGCGUGAGGAAGCGGUAGAGAAAACAGAAGAAGGGGACCAAGUGCCCAAGGUAGAAGCUAACAAUAAUGUUAAGGCUGAUGGUUCGCGUAUGGAGGAGGCGGUGAAGAUGAUGGAGACGAUCUCUGAGGGUGUUAUUCCGGAAAAACUCGCCACAGAUUCACGGGAUGUGGUUAAGAGAGCCUGUGGGGCUGUUGGUAGUCUGAAAGAGACUGAAUUUGACAUACGCUUCAAUCCUGAUGUGUUUUCGCCGGGCAUUCGUCAUGUGGACAAUGUCGAUGCGGCGAAUUCACUGAGGAAACAGAAGCAGCUGGUGAAGGAUGCUGCUGAAUUUUUGGUACUGAAGCAAAUCCCAGCAUUUGUGCAAGAUUUCUUGGAUCAUGCUUCAGCACCAAUGGAUGGAAGUACUCUUACAGAGGCUCUCCAUGCCAGAGGUAUAAAUAUAAGGUAUCUUGGUCGGGUGGCAGCGAAGCUGUCUCAGGUCAAGUCCCUGGAGUAUUUGCACACGAUUGCCGUGUCAGAGUUGAUUUUGCGUGCAACAAAGCACAUUUUUACAUCUUACAUGCAAAAUUGCGAAAUGAUUUCAAUGGCACUGGCUAUUUCGCAUUUUUUGAAUUGCUUCCUGGCAUCUGGCACAAUAUCCAGUCCCCUGGUGGGUCUGGAUGAGUUGCAGAAGGUGCAGAAGAGGCGCAAUCGCCGACGCAAUGGCAAGCAGGCUGGUCCAAGUGUCGGAGUUGACAAUCUCGAGUGGGCUCAGCUCACACAGAAGAGUCUCUGGCAGCAAAUUCGGCGAGAGCUGAAAGUAUAUUGGGAUUGGGAUCUGGCCUGUGACAAUCUCGAUGCAGUUGUUGAGAUGUACAAACUGCAGAAGAUUAGUCUGUUGAGGGCUUUCUGUGUGAAGGUUGGACUGCAGAUUUUACUGCGUGAGUACAUUUUCGAUGCUCGGCACAGGGCAACUUUCCACGAGGAUGACAUCCUCAAUGUAUUCCCCGUGGUCAAACACAUCAAUCCACGCGCUUCUGAUGCCUACAAUUUCUACACAACGGGUCAGAGUAAGAUUCAGCAGGGAUGCUUUAAGGAGGGCUAUGAACUCAUCUCCGAAGCCCUCAAUCUUCUCAAUAAUGUCUAUGGGGCACUGCAUCCGGAGAAUGCUCAGUGCCUAAGGAUGUUAGCACGACUGAGCUACAUCAUGGGAGAUCCACAGGAAGCGCUCACAAUUCAACAGAGGGCGGUGCUAAUGAGUGAGAGAGUCAACGGCAUCGAUCAUCCAUACACAAUCUCCGAAUACACGCACUUGGCACUGUACUGCUUCGCCAACAGUCAGAUCAGCACAGCCCUCAAACUCCUCUACCGUGCCCGCUACUUGGCGCUCCUCAUCUGUAGCGAUGAUCAUCCGGAUAUCGCACUUCUCGAUAGCAAUAUUAGCUUGAUUCUCCAUGCUGUGGGUGAGUAUGAGCUUUCCCUGCGCUUCCUGGAACACGCUCUGGCACUCAAUAUCAAGUAUUUCGGUGAGAAGUCACUCAAAGUGGCUGUGAGCUACCAUUUGGUGGCCAGGACACAGAGCUGCAUGGGUGACUUUAGGUCAGCCCUGAACAAUGAAAAGGAGGCCUAUGCCAUCUAUAAGCAACAAUUUGGGGAGCAGCACGAGAAGACGCAGGAAUCGAGUGAGUGCCUGAAGCAUCUGACGCAGCAGGCGGUGGUGCUGCAGAAGAAGAUGAAUGACAUCUACUCAAAUGGGAAGCUGACCACGGGACUGCCUCCAAUUCACAUUCAGCCACCGUCAAUGGGAUCAGUCUUGGAGAUGCUCAAUGCAAUCAAUGGGAUUCUCUUUGUGCAAAUAAGUCCCAAGGAUAUUGUAAAUCUGAAGAAUGAGAUUGAGAAGCGUCAGAGGGUGACUGAUGGGGUUCUGGGGGAGCAACAGGAAGAGAUUGAGAGGAUUAUCUCGACGAAUAAGCAGGAUGAAGUGCCACAAUCUUCCUCAACAACCACAAUUACAACAACAACGGCCUCUGCAGCUACCACAACUACCACGGAGGAGGCAACAAAGUGUCCGGAGGAGAAUCAUGUAGAUGCCGUCCAGGUGGAACCGGCGAGCUGAAUCUGUGCGCAUUGGAAUGCUGAGUGUGUCCGGGAGUGUCUGAUUUAAGAGACACGCUGAAAAACCCCCCAUUUAGCCUAUCAAAUAAUAAUAUCGUUCAAUAGUUCACUAAAAUAAUUAAUCACCAGGCUUCUUUUGUGCUGGAAAAAUCAACUUUUCAGCUCGGAGAAUAAUUUUUUUUUGCAAUUUUUUAUAAAAGAAAUUGCAAUUCUCGUAGUCAUGCCCGGUUUAGUUGAUCCAUCUCUCCCCUAAAUAGAUCUUAGGUUCUUUUUUUUGUCUCUUUUUCAUACAUUUUUCUAGAUCAUUAGUUUUUGAUUCUUUUUGUGAAAUAUAGUUGCAAGUAGAGGGUUUUCUUUCUUGUUUUUUUGGAUUUGAGAAAGAGUUUUUCACAUUUAUGAAUGGAUAAUCUACCAAAAAAAAUCAUUAUCAUUAUUAUCUCUACGGGAUAAUGUUUUACUCUAGCAAUCUGUUAAAAUUAUUUGAUUUUUACUAUUGAAAUCGAAUAAAAUAUGCCAAUUA